CUAUGUUAACAAUAAUUGCUGUAAGUAUUAAGACGAAAGUGGAGGACCCGUGCAAAAUCACCUUUUCAUACAAAAUUACAAACGUAGUCCUCAUUUUCCUCUCUGGAUAUUAAAAUAUUUUCACACAAUUUGUUGUAUAUAAACCACAGCUAUGCCCCUACGUUUGAUUUUUUCGAUUUUUUAAUGUUGUAGGAGUUAGAAGCAUUAAACAUUUUGUAUGAAAUCUGUUUUUCGCUCCUAAUUUUUAUAAUAAUACAAAAAUCGAAAAAAGUCAAACGUACGGGCAUAGCUAUAGGUAAUAUGUAUACAUCAAAUUAUGUAAAAAUAAUUUCCAAAAUGUCUAUAUCCAGAGAGUAAAAUGGGGACUACGUUUGUAUGGAGAAUCGGCCGUCCUCCUUCCUCUUAACUUAUAUUGCAUUCAAAGUGCAAUAAUUGCACCGGAAAUAAAAUGAGAUUUGCUCAUGAAGUUUUGUACGUGCGUAUUCGCUAGAGAUAAAGAAGGUAUUCUACAAUAACAUUUUUUCCACUAGGUUUAGACGCAAUUAAUAUAAAAUCCAAAUUAUUGAAUUCUAGCCGAUCAAAUAGAGAUAUGCUAAAAUUGCUUCUAUUACUUUAGCUUCUAAACAUUUUUCUUCUUCUUCCUCGUGUUAUUCCAGCAUUUUUCCAUGGCUCAUGGGGGCCUGGGCUCUGCUUGCCAACUAAUCCGAAGAAUUGGCGUAGGCACUAGUUUUUAGGAAAACGACUGCCAUCUGACAUUUCAACUCGGAGAGUAAACUAGGCCUUAUUGGGUUUUAGUCCGGUUUCCUCACGAUGUUUUCCUUCACCGAAAAGUGACUGGUAAAUAUCAAAUGAUAUUUCGUACUACAUAUGUUCCGAAAAAUUCAUUGUUACAAGCCGGGGUUUGAACCCGCGACCUCCGGAUUGCAACUCGCACGCUCUUACCGCUAAGCCACCAGCGCUUAUUCUUUUACAAAUUUUUCGUUGUAGGUAAUUUUUUCCUGACUGUACAAGUUACUUUAUCAUAAAUAUCUAGCAACUGGAAUCUAUAGUUAGCAGCAGUUGUGUAGGUACAGCCAUUGUAAUAAUAUAACAAAAAAAUGCGAGUUGUUAUUUUAAUCCUAAUAAUAACUCUGAAAGUAACAGAAAACUUCGCAAUCGAGAAGAGGGAACAACAUAAUGGCGAACAAAAGUUACUUUUAAGAAAAUUGCUGAGUUUACAACAAAACAAUUCGACGGAAAAAGCCUUGAUGUGGAACGAGAUUUUCGCAAAUGUGUUGGUGAACAAGAUAAAAAUACUGUUCAACAAACAACCUGAAUCCGGACUGGAAGACAAUCCAGAUGUCGUCACAAAGUUUGUGAGCAAGAUUAUUGCACUGUAUGGCAAGUUGUUUUACAAAGUUAACAACAUAGCACAUAAUAAUGGGAAAAAUGAAGAAGAAAUUAAGGUUGAUGAAAUAAUGGACCCAAAGAAAGAAGUAGAAAAAGUCGAACCGAAGUAUCAUGGACGUUUAGAAAACGCGACGGAAUACUUUGAUAUCGAUAAAAGGACCGUGUGUCCCGAGCACUCGGUGAGUGAUGAAAAAGGAAACUGCAUUGAUCCCGAAAAUUCAAGGUUUAUUAUGGCCAUACCGCACCAAUGUCCGAUCGGAUACAGGAGGGACAGGCUAGGCUACUGCAGAGCAAUAUUUUGAAUAAAUGUAAAAAAUAGUAUAAGUACAUAAAAUAAUAAAGCAUGCUAAAGUUA